AGCCAUUCUGUGAGUGUUUCGACAUUCUGAUCAAAAGAAACAUAACGAUCCCAAGGUUCUACGCAAUAUGGAAAUUGCUGAGUACGAAAGGGAGAGCGGCGGGGAGAGCGGGUACACCCAAAUAUGGUGGCGGAUUCUGUGAAAUCGUUCGUGGUACACAUGUACAGACACAUAAGGGAGAAGAACGUGUACGAGAUCCACCAGAUGUGUGAGACAUCGUUCCAGAGCAUAUCGGAACGUCUGUUCAAGGAGACGUCAUGGCCAAGUGUGGAGGCCAUAGCUCCAUACGUAGACAACGACCAUGUGUUCUGUCUUCUGUACCGUGAGAUGUGGUUUCGACAUUUGUAUGCGAGGUUAUCUCCUACGUUGAAGCAGAGGAUUGAUUCUUAUGACAACUAUUGCAGCCUCUUUCAGGUGGUGUUGCAUGGGGUAGUGAAUAUGCAGUUGCCGAACCAGUGGUUGUGGGAUAUGGUGGAUGAGUUUGUCUACCAGUUCCAAAGUUUCUGUCAGUUCAGAGCAAAGCUCAAGAACAAAACAGAGCAGGAGAUUGCAUUGCUCAGACAGCAUGAUAAGGCAUGGAAUGUCUAUGGCGUGCUCAACUUCUUGCAAGCACUUGUGGAAAAGUCUUGUAUCAUCCAAAUUCUUGAGCAAGACAAGCAUGGCCUUGAACACUCUCAGUUGCGAGACAAGUAUGGUGAAAAGAUGAUGAGGAUGCUGAGGUAUGACGAUGAGGCCUUUGGUAUAUACGAUGAGCUCUUCUCUUAUGCAUGCCCCAAGUUUAUCACCCCUUCCCCACCAAGUUUCGAGGAACCUCUUGUCAAUUACAAUCAGCUUGAAUUAUCUCAAGAUGCAUACAGGCUUCAGUUGAAGAUGUUCCUUUAUGAGGUAAAGCAGCAGCAGCUCUUGUCGGGAGUGCGAACAUUCCUGAAAGUCUACUCCUCCAUUUCUCUUGCUAAGCUCGCAAACUACAUGGAAGUUGAUGAGCCCACUCUAAGGACCAUAUUGUUAACAUACAAGCACAAGACCCAUUCAGUUGAUUCCGAUGGUAGGAUCAUCUCCAAUGCAGACAUUGAUUUCUAAAUCAACAAUGUAUGUUCUUUCCAUAUCUUUCCGAUAUCGAUACUCUGGUGCUUUUAGAAGUAACUCUAAAUCUGGUGAAACUGCAGAACAUGAUCUACGUUGUGGAAUCAAAACCCGCAAACGUU